GCUGGGAACGGCUCCGAGCCCCGGCCGGAGCGGAGGGAGGCUCUGGGAGGGCAGCAGGGACCCCCGGCUCCAGGUCCGGCUCUCGCCUUGCCGAGGGGAGCCGCCGCGGAGUCGGGGUUCAGCCAGCCGUGCCACCGUGCCAGCCGUGCCAGCCGCCCGUCCCUGCGGCUCCCGAGGAAAGGGUCCCUGGAUGCCACGGGGCAGGAUGGGCACCACGGCCGUGCUGCUGGCCCUGCUCCCCACGGCCACUGCACAAUCCACACCACCCCCAGGCUGCAGCCACGACCUCUCAUCCCUCUACUACAACCUCUGUGACCUCUCAGCGGGCUGGGGCAUCGGGGUGGAAGCAGUGGCCAGCCUCGGCGUGGUGACCACCUUUGUGCUCACCAUCGUCCUGGUGGCCAGCCUGCCCUUCGUGCAGGACCACCAGAAGAAGAGCCUGGUGGCCACGCAGGUCUUCUUCCUUCUGGGCACCUUCGGGCUCUUCUGCCUGACCUUCGACUUCAUCGUGGGGCCGGAUUUCUCCACCUGCGCCUCGCGCCGCUUCCUCUUCGGCGUCCUCUUCGGCAUCUGCUUCUCCUGCCUGCUGGUGCACGCCGUGGCGCUCAACUUCCUGGCGCGGCGCAACCGAGCCCCGCGGGGCUGGGUGACGCUGGCGGUGGCGCUGUCCCUCGCCUCGGUCGAGGUCAUCAUCAACGCUGAGUGGCUCAUCAUCACGGUGGCACGGGCCGAGGGCGGCCCUGCGGACCCCUGCCAGCUGGCGGACGCUGAUUUCGUCAUGGCCCUCAUCUACGUCAUGGCCCUGCUGGUGGCCGCCUUCGGCACGGCCUGGCCGACCCUGUGCGGCCGCUACGGCCGCUGGCGCAAGCACGGCGCCUUCAUCCUGGCCACCACCGGCCUCUCCGUGGCCAUCUGGCUGGCGUGGACCAUCAUGUACUUGUAUGGGAACCAGCGUGCCGGCCACAAGCCCGGCUGGGAUGACCCCACGCUGGCCAUCGCUCUGGUCUGUAACGCCGCCGCCUUCCUCCUGCUCUACGCCAUCCCCGAGGUGACACACGUGACACGGCGCAGCCCCGAGCAGGCCUUCGAGGACGAUGGCUACCCCACGCGCGGGGUGGGCUACGAGACCAUCCUCAAGGAGCAGAAGUCGCAGAGCAUGUUUGUGGAGAACAAGGCCUUCUCCAUGGAUGAGCCAUCCUUUGCAGCCAAGAAGCCGGUGUCCCCAUACAGUGGCUACAAUGGGCAGCUGCUGACCAGCGUCUACCAGCCCACCGAGAUGGCUCUGAUGCACAAAGGGACGAGUGAAGGUCCCUACGACGUGAUCCUGCCCCGUGCCUCCACCAGCCCCAUGCCUGGCAGCGCCAGCUCCACGCUCCGAGCCGAGGACGCCUUCGCGGCACAGUCCCGGCACUCCAGCAUCCCGAGGGACACCCGCAGCUGCCAGGUGCAGUCCCCGUACAGCAGGAACCGGUGGUGAAGCCCCCGUGACGCAGCCCCGCAGCGCCGGCACAGCCGCGGCCCCUCCAUCCCGCUCCCCAGGGCUCGCCAAGCCUCGUGAAUCCCACCCUGACGUGUGAAUCCCACCCUGACGUGUGAAUCCCACCCUGACGUGUGAAUCCCACCCUGGCUGGCAGCCAGAGCCGGUUCCUGCCCGUGGCAUUCCUGGACACAGCCCCAGAGCCAGCGCUCCCACCCGGCCAUGGACCCCUCAUCCCUGCCUCAAGGACUGGCUGCCGUGGGGACAGCCCCAGUUGUCGCCUCGCUGCCUUUGUGAUGCACAGACACCCCAACUUCCCCAGGCCGUGGACCCUGCGAAGCUGAGGAGCCCCUGGGACCCCCGCCCAGGGCACCCUCAGCACCGAGCCCCCGGCCCCACACUGACCCCAACAGCCCUGGGGACCCCGAGCUGAGCUGGCCCCAAGCCAACGCAGGGCACAAGGGACACAAAGCUGUCCCCAUCUCUGUUUCCUUCUGUUCCUGUUUCCCCAUUUCUGGGAAGGGGGUUUGCUGGGGGUCCAGGGGAUCAGUGCCUUGCUGGGGCUGGGGACCAGCCCCCGACAGCUCUGGCCACCUUCUCGGUGCCUUCCCCCCUCGGGGCUUGGGGACCCCUGCAGGGAGUGCGGAGGGAGCUGGGCCCCUCGCCCUCCUUGUGGCUUUCUCUGCCAAAUUUCCUUUUUU